UAUGUGAAUAUACAUUUUGCUAUCAACACGGAAAAAAGUUUCAUAGUAAUAAAUUGCACUGGGUUUUCCUUAUUAAUAAUAAAAUUACAUAUAGAAAACAACAAUAAAGUGAAUUAAAAAUAUUAAAAUAAAUAAAAAAAUUACAAAAAAGUACACGCAAGCAGCAGCAACUGUUGUUUAAUUCAACGCAAAUACAAAUAAGCACUCGAACCGAUUCAACCGAACGGAACUAGAAUAAAAUGGGUAACAAAUGCUGCAGUAAGCGUCAGGAUCAAGAGCUUGCCCUCGCCUAUCCAACCGGUUAUAAAAAAUCCGACUACACUUUCGGUCAGACACACAUCAACAACAGUGGACAAAAACACAAUAAUGGUGGUUCCCUUGACUCACGCUACACACCGGAUCCGAAUCGUGGGCCGUUAAAAAUUGGCGCCAAAGGCGGCGUCGACAUAAUACGUCCACGUACCACGCCAACCGGUGGUGUACAAGGCGGUCUACCAAAACGUCGUGUAGUUGUUGCUUUGUAUGAUUACAAGUCGCGUGAUGAAUCUGAUUUGAGUUUUAUGAAAGGAGAUCGCAUGGAAGUUAUCGAUGACACUGAAUCCGAUUGGUGGCGUGUCGUUAACUUAAGUACACGUCAGGAGGGCUUAAUACCAUUAAAUUUUGUUGCUGAGGAACGCAGUGUCAACAGUGAAGACUGGUUUUUCGAAAAUGUACUACGCAAAGAGGCAGACAAACUUUUGCUGGCUGAAGAAAAUCCACGCGGCACAUUUUUGGUGCGACCCUCUGAGCAUAAUCCAAAUGGUUAUUCGUUGUCAGUAAAGGAUUGGGAAGACGGGCGCGGUUAUCAUGUAAAACAUUAUCGCAUCAAGCCACUCGACAAUGGUGGUUACUACAUUGCAACCAAUCAGACUUUCCCCUCUCUACAGGCCUUGGUGAUGGCCUACAGCAAAAAUGCACUUGGUCUUUGUCACAUACUUUCACGUCCCUGCCCGAAACCACAACCACAAAUGUGGGAUCUUGGUCCAGAGUUGCGCGACAAAUAUGAAAUACCACGUUCAGAAAUUCAGUUAAUUCGAAAAUUGGGACGUGGCAACUUUGGUGAGGUUUACUAUGGUAAAUGGCGCAAUAACAUUGAUGUGGCUGUAAAAACCCUACGUGAGGGAACUAUGUCAACACAAGCAUUCUUGCAAGAAGCUGCUAUAAUGAAAAAAUUCCGACACAAUCGCUUGGUUGCAUUAUAUGCAGUUUGCUCACAGGAGGAGCCUAUCUACAUUGUACAAGAAUAUAUGUCUAAAGGCAGCUUAUUGGACUUUUUACGUGAAGGCGAUGGUCGUUACUUACACUUUGAGGAUCUCAUCUAUAUAGCAACACAAGUAGCAUCUGGUAUGGAAUAUUUAGAAUCCAAACAGUUAAUACAUCGCGAUUUGGCAGCAAGAAAUGUGCUUAUCGGUGAAAAUAAUGUAGCCAAAAUUUGUGAUUUCGGUUUAGCACGCGUUAUUGCCGAUGAUGAGUAUUGUCCUAAACAAGGUUCACGUUUUCCUGUUAAAUGGACUGCUCCAGAAGCCAUAAUAUAUGGUAAAUUUUCCAUUAAAUCCGAUGUUUGGUCAUAUGGUAUACUAUUAAUGGAACUUUUCACAUAUGGACAAGUGCCAUACCCUGGCAUGCAUAGUCGUGAAGUUAUAGAAAAUAUAGAACGUGGAUUCCGUAUGCCAAAACCGACAAAUCAUUACUUCCCCGAUAAUAUAUAUCAUUUACUAUUACAAUGCUGGGAUGCUGUACCAGAGAAACGACCAACAUUUGAAUUCUUGAAUCAUUAUUUUGAAUCGUUUUCGGUGACGUCUGAAGUACCCUAUCGAGAGGUGCAGGACUAAAUAAAAUUGCCAGUGCGAUAUACACACUAUAAUUUAAGACUACAUUUAUUUAAUUAUUAUUUAUAAAUGAAUUUAAUAACAAAGAAAUAAUGAUGUAGGAAGUAAAACAAAAUCAAUGAAAAAAAGUCUAAUAUAUAAGUACGUAAAUUAGUUGAAAUUAUAGGAAGUGACAAUUUUUACAUUACAAGUGAAGUAGAAAAAUUAAGUGAAAUUAUGUGCUGCUAAAUUAAAAACUGAAGCUAAACUUUGCAUUACAACAAAU